CCGCACCCUGUUUUUUCUUCCCAUACCUGAUACCCCCACACGCAGAGGGUGAGAGAGAGAGAGAGAGAGAGAGAGUAAUGAAGAAAAUAGCAUUGCUUCUGGUGCUCUUCACCUACCUUCACCUCCUUCUUCCACAGCUUAGCAUCACCGCCACAGCUUAUGUGCAAGAACAAGCCAAAACGGAUACAAGUGAGAAGCCCGGACGCAUCGUGUCCGUUGAUCACAUCAUCGGCGGUCAGGGUGGAUCUGCUCAUGGUGGAGGCAGUCAUCAUGGAGCUUUGGGUGGUGGCAGUGGCAGCAGCAGCAGAGGUUCAACAGGUGGCACUGGCAUCAACCCAUUAUACAUAGGUGGUGGUGCACAUGGCCGCAAUAAUCACAACAGGCACAGUGCAGCUGCAAGUAAUCACCGUUUGUUUGAUAUGGGACUUAAUGUAAUAGUGGUAAUCAUCUUGACCUUGAUCAUCCUAACCGUCUGAUCAUUUUUAAUCAUCUUAGCUUAGUUUCGGCACAUUAGAUUGGUGAAAUUUGAUAGAAACAACACCGUUACAGAAGUGGGCCACUGGUUUAUGUUCUAAAAGCGUAGUCAUUUAUGUUGGUUAUUUUUUAUUUAUUUUGGUGAUGUUUGUUUA